AUGGAACAAGUCUCGAUCGGCGGCAGCAGAUACUUACUGCUUGUGGUUGACAAAGCCAGCGGUUGCAUGAAAGGCUUCUGUCUGCGGUCCAAGUCUGAGAGUGAAGACUGUAUCAAGAACCACAUUAUCAAGAUUCAGACUCAGUUCGGCACGAAGAUCAAGUUUGUUCGGCACGAUGGAGCGUAUGAGUUUGCGACCAACUCGAUCAAGACCUUCUACAAAAAUCAUGGUAUCGAACAACAGAUCACGGUACCGUAUGCACACCAGACCAACGGCACCGCAGAACGCGCGAUAAGGACCAUCGUCACGAUCGGACGCAGCUUGUUGCAUCAUGCAAAGCUGGAGAAGUGUUUCUGGGCUGAAGCGGCAAUAACGGCGAUCUACAUCAAGAACCGCCUGCCUUCACCCAAGAUCGACCACAAGACUCCGUUCGAGAUCGUGUACAAGUCGAAACCAAGUGUCAAGCACAUGCGCGUGUUUGGAUGUCGGGCGUUUAUCCUGACACCAAGGGAGAAGCGAUUGAAGUGGGACCCGAAGGCUCGUGAAGGGAUGUUCAUGGGCUACGAAGAAGCGUCAAAAGCUUAUCGAGUGUACGACAUUGAGGCGGGCCAAGUGGUGAUCAGUCGUGACAUCACCUUCGACGAAUCGACUUUUGACUUUUCGAUGGACCGACCAAGUGACGAUGAUGAAGAUGCGGAGUUGGACCUCGACCUCCUGGCGAUCAACGAGGACGACGUGCGUCAAACCGUCUACAAGCAGACUGGCAAGCGCAAGAGUGAAGCAAGACCCGGCAUGUCACGUUCAGCUCGCCCUCGAACUGGAUUGGAACAAGCAAGUGCGCCGGAACACGUCUCCAACCGUCACCAGAAACGACGAUCAAGUGCUCCAGAAACGAUGUCUGAUGACGAAGAAGAUGCGAGCGUCCACGAUCAAGAUGACGACUCGACGCCUCCAACAUUUUGGCGUGCAAGUGCAAACGUAGUGGAAGCAACGGACCUAGCAGAACCUGUGACUUUUCAAGACACGAUCAAUUGUCCUGAUCAAGCUCACUGGAGAAAUGCUGUGAAGGCGGAACUCAAGUCGAUGCAUCUUCGUGGAGUUUUUCAUGCGGCAAAACUGCCAAGAGGCCAAGGCGCGAUAGGCACCAAGUGGGUGUUCAAGAUCAAGCGCAAAGCGGAUGGAUCGGUCGAGAAAUACAAGGCGCGUCUCGUUGCCAAGGGCUUCAAGCAGAAGUACGGCAUCGACUACACAGAGACGUUCUCGCCCGUGGUCAAGUACGUGACACUGCGUAUGGUGAUCGCGAUCACCAAGUAUUUCGACUGGCCACUGGACCAACUCGAUGUGGUGACAGCCUUUCUCUACGGAGUGAUGAAGGAGAAGGUGUACUGCGUGAUACCAGAAGGCGUCGAGAUGGAUGGCGACUUCGACUGUCUCGAGUUGACUUUCGACGAGUUCGUAUGCUUUAUCGGUUUCAAAGUGUCGGCGUUUGACCCAUGUCUCUACAUCAAGGUUGUUGACGGUCACUGUGUGCUCGUGCUGGUCUACGUGGAUGACGUGUUAGUCACAGGCAGCUCGCUCGAGUUGAUUGCGCAGACGAAGGCCGAACUCAAGACGCGUUUCGAGAUGACCGACAGUGGCAAGUGUACUUUUGUACUGGCCAUCGAACUGGUGGACGAAUCGGAUGGCAGCGUGAAGAUGUGCCAGCGACGGUAUGUCAACGACAUCCUCAAGCGCUUCGGCAUGGAUGAGUGCAAGGCCACAGCAAGUCCGGUCGACUUGAGCACUCGGCUUGUCGCAAGCAGCGAAGCGGCCAAGAUCGACGUUCCGUUUCGUGAAGCUGUGGGAGCUUUGAUGCACUUGACGACUGCGACGCGCCCGGACAUUGCGUAUGCUGUGGGGUACGUCUCGCGCUUCAUGGAGAAUCCGCAGCAACAACAUUGGACGGCGGUGAAGCGCAUCUUUCGUUACUUGCAAGGGACCAAGUCGCACGGACUCCGCUUCCAGCCAAGCGACAAGAUCGACUUUCGUGGCUACUCGGACGCGGACUGGGCCGGCGACCACGCUGAUCGCAAGUCGACUUGGGGUUACACUUUCAUGCUGAUGGGUGCUCCUGUGAGUUGGGGAAGCAAGAAGCAGUCAAGUGUGUCGCUGUCGACGAGUGAAGCGGAAUACAUCGCACUGAGUCUGGCCAUCCAGGAAGGCAAGUGGGUGCAUCGCCUGCUAUGCGAGAUUUUGGCGGCCGCAAACGAACCAGGACCGGACCUCGUCAUCCGUGAAGACAACCAGUCGUGCAUCAAGAUGACGAAGAAUCCGGUGAAUCAUGGCCGCGCCAAGCACAUCGACAUCAAGUACCAUCACAUCCGUGAUGAGGUCAAGCGCGGUGAAGUGCAGCUCGAGUAUUGCGAGACUUCCGUGAUGAUGGCGGACAUCAUGACCAAGGGACUUUCGGGACCUCGCCACAAGGACUUGACGACGGCUCUCGGCAUUCGUGCGAGUUCGGAUUGA